CAGAUCGAUAUGGAUGUUCCUCAUGAAGCUGCAAUGAUAGCUGUUUCUGCAGAGGAGGAAUGUUGGUGCUCUGAGGGCCCGACGAAGCGGUGUGGAGGAAGCCCGGAGAAGCCGUGACCGUCCGGUGCCGAUCUUCCCAUCCGAAGCACGAGUACCUGAGUCUGAUGACGGGUCGCGGCGACGUAAGGGUCCUGUUCAAAGACGACCAGCCGGGCGGCGGCACCGUCGCCCCCGAAUACCGAGGCAGACUUCGGUGCAGCGAAACGUUUCCGGACGUGGACGUCGUCAUCGACCCCGUGACUCCCGCCGACGCGGGGCGGUACGAGUGUGUGUAUUUGAAAUACGAUCGCCAACGGCGACCCGUGGAGUUGCGGGGCACGGGGUCGGUGUUCCUGGUCGUGCCGCAGCCGUCGUCGCCGGGCGAGAGGUGUCGAGACGAGCGAUGGGAUGACAUCCCCCCCCCUACGACACUGGCGACCUGCGCCUUUGUCGUCCUGGUCGUCGUCGUCGUCGCGUGGUGCUUCGCGUGGACGCUCCUGAAGGCGUGCAGGAUGACGAAGGAAGCGCUGCGGCGGUGGCGGCAGCGGCAGGAGAGGAAGAAGCUGCAGCGGUUCCCCCUCGACGACGUAUAGAGCUUCAGGGGGGUGUGGGACGCGGGGGCCCCUGUCCGAGGUGCGAGGAGAAGAAGAAGAAGAACGCGCCGUGGGCGAAAGACCCGAGACCUGCACCUUUCCGUCCAAAAACGGCGAACUGACGUGGUCCUCGACGGCGCACGACAGACGGGGCGCGACCGACGAGCAGAGGCCGGGUCCGCCGACCCCCGGGCCCACGGAGGAAGCGGCGUCCCGCGCCACCGACAUCGCCUCGACGUUCCGGCUGUUUGUGACGCCCGCGAUAGAAGACAUUGUCCUGGAGAUGACCAACCUCGAAGGUCGCAGAAGAUACGGGGACGACUGGAAAGGCAUGGACCGGGUCGACCUGCGCGCCUACGUGGGCCUCCUGAUCCUGGCGGGCGUGUACAGGUCCAGAGGGGAGGCCGCCGCCAGUCUGUGAGACGCGGAGAGCGGAAGGGCCAUUUUCCGCGCCACGAUGCCGCUGAAGGUCUUUCACGCGUACUCGACACUGUUGCGAUUCGACGACCGCGAGACGAGGCGCGAGCGACGAGCGAGCAACAAACUGGCGGCCGUGCGAGACGUGUGGGACGCGUGGGUGCUCCGACUGCCGCUCCUCUACAACCCGGAGCCCAAGGUGACCGUGGACGAGCAGCUGGUUCCGUUCAGAGGGCGGUGUCCCUUCAGGCAGUACAUGCCCAGCAAGCCGGCGAAAUACGGAAUCAAGACGUGGGUGGCGUGCGACGCCAGAUCCAGCUACGCGUGGAAGAUGCAAGUGUACACCGGCAAGCCGACGACGGGCGGCGGCGGCCCCGAGAGGAACCUGGGGAUGAGGGUCGUGCUCGACGUCACGGAGGGCCUGGCGGGUCGCAACGUGACGUGCGACAAUUACUUCACGUCCUACGAGCUGGCGCGCCGGCUCCUGGCCAGGGGGAUCACCGUGGUCGGCACGGUUCGAAAGUACAAGCCCGAGCUUCCGCCCGCUCUGCUGGCGACGAGGGACAGGGCGGUGUUCUCUUCGAUGUUUGCGUUCACGCCCACCACGGCCCUGGUGUCCUACGUGCCCAAGAAAAACCGCAACGUGGUGCUCAUGAGCACGCGGCACGCCGAGGCCGAGGUCGGCGACCGCCCGGACGGGAAGCCCGCGAUCAUCCUGGACUACAACCGCAACAAGGGAGGCGUGGACAACCUGGACAAGGUGAUCGGCACGUACAGCUGCAGGAGGAUGACGGCCCGCUGGCCCCUGGUCGUGUUCCACAACGUCGUCGACGUGUCCGCCUACAACGCCUUUGUGAUAUGGCGAGAGGUCCGUCCCGACUGGAUGUCCGGCAAGCGGAGCAAGCGCAGGUUCUUCCUCGAGCGGCUUGGAAAAGAGCUCGUGACGCCGCUCGUCGAGAGGAGGGCGUGUCUCCCCCGCACGGAAGCGUCCGCGGCGGUCGUGCGGGCCGCCCGGAGGGCGCGCGGUCGAGCCGAGGCGGAACGGGAGCCGGAAACGCGGGCGGCGUCCGUCGCCUCGGCUCUGUCCAGGGUGGCGAGCAAGAGGAAGAGGUGUCAGAUUUGCCCGUCGAAGAAGGACAGCAAGACGCACACCGUCUGCUGCGCGUGCAGGAGGUACAUCUGCCGGGGCUGCUCGCGCGCGUUCUGCCCCGCCUGCGCCGACCGGCGUGUCUCGAGCAACGGAGGCGGGGGGCGCGGAGACGGUGACGGCGGCGACGACGGAGGCGCGGCGCGCACCUGCGACUAUUGGAGGACGACAAGGCGUGGAGGGGGGUGACGGCUGAACGCGUGC